CUAUUAUAUUCUCUCUCUACAAUGUGUGCGUUGUUGGCAGCAGAGACAAGUAAACAGUGGUGCUGCACUCUGAAUCUGUGAUGGAGGAAGGAAGAAUGAAACUCAGCUUCUUAAUUCCUGCGCGUAUAUCGCCACCAUCGCAGCGCCGCCGUUUUUACUGCUAGUAGAAUUCAAGCUUCCUGCAUUGCUCCCUCUCUGUCUUCAAAUUAGCAGCAGUCGUGAUCCGAAGAGCUACACAUUUUAGUGUGACAGGAGAUUAGGUUUUGCCUUGGUGGCCUAGUAGAAGAAGUAGCUUCAUAUAUAAUGGACAAGUAUGAAAUACUGGAACAGAUCGGCAAGGGUGCUUUUGGUUCUGCACUUCUUGUGAGGCAUAAGCAGGAAAAGAAGAAGUAUGUGUUAAAGAAGAUUCGUCUUGCCCGCCAAACCAACAGGACACGGCGAUCUGCACAUCAGGAGAUGGCACUUAUAUCAAGCAUGCAAAAUCCAUUUAUAGUGGAGUACAAAGAUUCAUGGGUGGAGAAGGGUUGCUAUGUCUGCAUUGUCAUAGGUUACUGUGAAGGUGGAGAUAUGGCAGAAGCCAUAAAAAAGGCUAAUGGUGUCCAUCUUCCUGAAGAGAAGCUCUGUACAUGGCUUGUCCAACUACUCAUAGCACUGGAGUACUUACACAUGAACCAUAUCCUUCAUCGUGAUGUCAAGUGCUCGAAUAUAUUUUUAACAAAAGAUCAAGACAUUCGUCUUGGUGACUUUGGACUUGCCAAAAUGUUGAGUUCAGAUGAGCUUGCUUCCUCGAUUGUUGGUACUCCCAGUUAUAUGUGCCCCGAGCUGCUUGCAGAUAUACCAUAUGGCUCCAAAUCAGAUGUAUGGUCACUUGGAUGCUGCAUGUAUGAGAUGACAUCCCUUAAACCUGCAUUCAAGGCAUUUGAUAUGCAAGCUCUCAUCAACAAAAUAAACAAGUCUGUAGUUGCUCCACUGCCGGCCAAAUACUCUGGGGCAUUCCGAGGUCUGGUGAAAAGCAUGCUGAGGAAAAAUCCAGAACUUCGUCCUAGUGCUGCAGAACUUCUCAGGCACCAACACCUUCAACCGUAUGUACUCAAUGUUCACCUGAAGCUCAAUUCACCCAGACGCACCAGUUUUCCAAGUCAAUGCAUGGAAACAGAAAAGGGCAUCACUAGGACGAUUAGAUUUUCAGAGCCUUCCCAUGUUCAACCUCCAGCAUAUAGAGACAGAAGAUCGUCAUGUGGAAAUGACAGGACUUUGAAUCCUAGUGUAUCUGGAGCUGAGCAAAGUUAUGAUUCUUUCACUAGGAUAACUGGAACAACUAAUCCUUCCAAUAUGCAUCCUAGAACAAAAGAAUUAUUUUCAGGAAGCACGCAUGAAGAAGGGACUGUCAUUACAAAAACUAUUACUUCAAAAAUCUCAAAAGUCCAGAAAGAUACAGAAACAAAAGGUUCAAGUGCUUCAAAAAGAACACCACAGCUUUCAAAGAACCAUAAACUGCUUCAAGCAUCAAAAAGCGUGGUUAAGAGACCUGUUUCAACUACUCGUAGAGCCUCUCUUCCAUUGCCACAAAAAGACUCCGCCCAUAAAUAUCGUCACAUGCCCAGUCUUGGACCUCUUGGAAACAUUGACAGCAUCAAGUCUCCGGAUGUUUCUGUCAAUUCCCCUCGAAUCGAUAAAAUGUUUGAACUUCCUUUACGGUCCUAUGAGGAGUCCUUCCCUAUCCGUAGAAGCUCAUUAACCUCCGCACAGGGUUCCUCCAGAUCCCCACAAGGUGACCGUUCUAUUAUGAAAGAUAGAUAUACCAUUGAGUUCCCAGAUAAAUCGGAUGGAUUGAGCUUCAAUAACUGGCAAGGAGUUUGCUCUACAGUACACAAGGAUAGGCAAGAUGGAAGUGAGUCUUCAGAUCAAAAUGCCACAGCUGGUGCCUCUAGCCGAACAUCCUCAGAUCAACGGCCCCGCAGAAUUGACAUGUCCUCUUACCGGCAACGAGCAGAAGCACUGGAAGGCUUGCUCGAGUUCAGUGCAAGGUUAUUUCAAGAGGCGAGAAUUGAGGAACUUGGGGUGUUGUUAGGGCCAUUCGGACCGGGAAAAGUGUCUCCAAGAGAAACUGCAAUCUGGUUGACCAAGAGCUUCAAAGAAAAUACUCUCCUACCAGAAGAUCUUUGCCAACAUGUGUAGAAAUUAGAAUAUGUAUGGAAUAAAUUUCUAUUGUUACCAAAGUGUUGGCAUGUAAUUCGUUUAGGCAGAUGAGUCUAGCAGAUCAUGUUAUAGUUUCCUAAUCUAUUUAGGCCAGUUUCAAGUUCUGGGUUAGUACCUAACUGGGAUUUGGUUAGUUGCUGGAUGAGAUAGGAAACUCAAUAUUUGAAAUUCCCACAGAUUUGGUGCUCUCUAUGAAUAUCUGAACACAUUAAUGAUCGACUGUAAUUUAUAUAGUACUAGUAGUUAUAAGUUUCUGCUAUUUUUGUU